UCUCUACUAAACAAUAAUGGCGUCGUUCGGGGACGGUACAGGUACCUUCAAGUCUGUUGCUUCUGAGGACCCGGGGGAGAGAAAAACAGCGGGGGUGUCUUUUGGUUUUACUAAAACAGUUAGCAAAUUUAAGCCGGGGACAGUCGACGCUUCGACCAAGAAAGAUGACAAGGAUUACCUGACUGGGGUUGAUAGAAAUGAAUUACAAAGUACAAAACCAUGUGAGAAGCCCAAGGAGCUCAUCAUCCCUCUGAUCCAGAAGAACCGCUGGCACAGACCGGACCGAGUGGCCCAGACCGACGGAAAUGGAGCCAAACCCCAGGAAACAGCCAAUGACAGCGACUCGGUGGAGUCUCAGGCUGUCAAAGAGCUCAUUGAAGAUUCACGGAGGCAGCUUGAGCAGUGGCAGAAUGGCCCUCCGUCAGAGAGCAACCUCAACCUGUCCAUCCCGCUGUUGAUGCAAAACAAAGUGCCAGAUGGCUUUGAAGAUGGAGACCAAGUAAAGGUGGACCUGCGGCCAGAUUCUUCGACAGACGCAGAUUAUGAGAGUGUUCCUGUUGAAGCUUAUGGCCUUGCUAUGCUUAAAGGGAUGGGCUGGAAUAAAGAGGAAGGCAUUGGACGCACCUUUAAACAAAACGUGAAGCCUAUUGAGCACCAGCUCCGCCCUAAAGGUUUGGGUCUCGGAGCAGAUCGUUCUGCAAUCAAGGACCUGGAUCCCAAAAAACAACAACGUCCCCCGAAACCGGGUGAAGAGCGAGAGAAGGAGGAGGAGCUGGUGAUGGGUCCUGGGGGUUUUGUCCUGGUGCAAUCAGGUGCACACAAAGAUCUGUAUGGCAAGAUAGAAGGUGUUGACCCAGACAAUGCUCGAGCUGUGGUGAAGUUGGCCAUCGGGGGGAAAACUGUGACAAUCAGCCAGUACGCCGUUAAAGUGGUCGGGCGCAAGGAAUACGACAAAUACGGCAAAGACCUCAGUCGCCUCAGUAGAGCCCACAAAGAGAAGGAGAAGGAGAAAGAGCGAGAGAAGGAGCGACUGAGACAAGAGGAGAAGGAGAAGAGUAGCGAUGGGGUGAAACACAAGUCUUCAGAAAAACAUGGAGGAAAGGAUGAGAGGAAGAGGAAACACAGAGAAUCAAGUCAAGACAGAGAUAAGCCUCCAGUGAAAGAAACACGGCGACCUCCAGCUCCCCCGUCCUGGCUCCAGAGAGACCUGAAAGUUCGCUUCAUAGACAAAGCUUUCAAAGGGGGGAGAUAUUACAAUUCAAAGAUGCGAGUGGAGGAUGUCCUGACACCAUCCACCUGUGUGUGUCGAACUGAAGAGGGAAGACUGUUAGACGAUGUGAAGCAGAACAUGCUGGAAACCAUUGUCCCAAAAAGUGAAAAUGACUAUGUAAUGGUUGUAGUGGGUGAGCAAAAGGGACAGGUCGGUCGUAUUCUUCAGCGCGACAAGAACAAGUGCAGAGCGAUGGUCCAGCUCGACAGAUACGAGGAGAAAGUGUUCACACUGGACUACGAUUCCAUUUGUCAUUAUGUCGGAGCAACAGACCACUGAUCUCUGUUGUAAUAUAUUCUGUCAUGUUUCAUCCCAUCUCAUUAUGUUGUUUUUGUAAUACUAUAAAAUAAUGUAUUUUAAAGCAUUGCGUUUUUGUAAUAAAAUAUUGUCAAGA